AUGUCCCAAAAAGAGAAAACUGCUCCCAACCCAACCUCAAAGGCUGAGACUUUUAAUAAUAAAAAAAACGACAAACAUGAGCUCGAGCUGGAUGAACUUGUAGGUAAACUAUCUAUCGAAGGUGCCUCGCAGGUAUCGCAAAAGCUAAGCAAGGAAGAGAAACAGGCUCAUCAGUUUGAGGCUGACUCUCGUUCCAUCUUUGUAGGCAACAUUACACCAAAUGUCACUCCAGAACAAAUAGAGGAGCAUUUCCAAGAGUGUGGUCUAAUAAAAAGGAUAACGCUUCUUUAUGACAGAAAUACAGGAACACCAAAAGGUUACGGCUAUAUUGAAUUCGAAAGUCCAGCAUUUAGAGAAAAGGCCCUUCAAUUGAAUGGGGCAGAACUCAAGGGUAAAAAAAUCGCUGUCUCCAGAAAAAGAACUAACAUUCCAGGAUAUAAUAGGCAUUACAACACACAAAACCAGUACUUUCAGCAAUGGCAAUGGAAUUAUCCUUUAAUGGCUUACCCUAAUCCUGAUUCUUUCCCUUAUUAUGCUCCCUACCCCCCAAACCAAUCUCCAAAUCAAAAUUUUGGAUACAAUAAGAGUGGUUACUAUAGAGGUCCUUACAAUAACAAGAACAGAACCCAUCAAAAAAAGUACUUUAACAAUUCAAAAGACUCUGCCAGAAAUUCUAGGUCUCCUUCCGAGAAAUCCGUUGUCAUGCCAUCACAUGAUGAUAAAAGUUGUGCCCAGGAUAAAGAUUCGUAA